UGUAUGGGGAUUUCUGUCCUGUAGCUGCUGUUCUGCAUAUGGCAUUGGCAUUGGCAUUGGUGCUGCUUUCAUUGGUGAAGAAGAACAAGUAGCAGCAGCAGCUAGUGGUGGCGUGGCGUGGGAUUGUGCUAAGCCCAAGGAGGGAGGGAGGGAGUUGUGGCUAAGCCCCUCUGGGAACCGGGCCGAACCGUUUUUGUUUGGUAGUAGUAGUAGUAAUUACUAGUAUAUUGUACAUAGGUUAGCGUAAAAUUGUCGGUUUCCGAAAUUUUGCUUUCUGGGGUGGGGCGGGCGUCGUUUUCAACAGCAAGCAAGCAGCACUGGGCUCUCCAGCAUGUGCACCGGAAGUGGUGCUGAAUCUCGAGGAGGGGUUAUAAGUAGCGAUGACUGGAUUUCCAAGGCGGACGACGACCAACAGAAUCCGCUGCUGGUGCAGGGAGUUCCUAAUAAUGCAGCCGCAGGUAGUGCUGCUGCGGCUGCGGCAGAGUCAGCAGCAGCAGCAGCGGCGAUGAGAUCAGCAAGAGGCGGACAGGCCAAGUUAUUCGUCGAUGGGCUUCUCCGCCGGUUUCCCAUCAACGGCCAACUCGCCACGCUCCCAUUGCAAGAGGUUGGAGAAGAGGUAGUCUCGUUAGGAAGGAUCGCUUGCCCCAUCAUCCUCACAACCCUACUCAUCCACUCGAGAUCCAUCGUAUCGACUCUCUUCCUGAGCCAUUUAGGCGACGUGGAGCUGGCCGGUGGCUCACUAGCACUGGGCUUCUACAACAUCACCGGAGUCUCCAUCAUGAAGGGCCUCUCCGCCGGGAUGGACCCAAUAUGUGGCCAGGCCUUUGGAGCCAAGAGAUGGGCCGUCCUCAGCCAGACCUACCAGAAGAUGCUCUGCCUCCUCCUCCUCGCUUCCACACUCCUCAUCUGCCUCCUCUGGCUCAACCUGGAGCCCAUCUUCCUCCGGUUCGGCCAGGACCCCGACAUUGUCAAGUUCGCCAAAGUCUACAUCAUCUACUGCAUCCCGGAGCUCAUCGGUCAGGCCGUCCUCCACCCCAUGAGAUCCUUUCUCCGGACUCAAGGACUCACCACCCCGCCCACCAUCGCCGCAAUCAUCGCAGCCAUCUUCCACGCGCCCAUCAACUACCUUCUGGUGAUACAGCUCAACCUCGGGGCUAAAGGGGUGGCCCUGUCCCUAGCCUUCAGCACAAUGAACAUGAACAUAGGGCUGCUCAUCUACGUGGCCAUGUCGUCCACGUCGAUCAAGCCGUGGAGCGGGCUCACUUUCGUCUCCAUGUUCCAAGGCUGGUGGCCGCUGCUGUCGCUGGCUCUGCCUUCGGUCAUUUCGGUUUGUUUGGAGUGGUGGUGGUACGAGAUCAUGCUUUUCCUGUGUGGUUUGUUGGCCGACCCGAAAGCCAGCGUGUCAGCCACGGGGAUUCUGAUUCAGACCACGGGGUUGCUCUACGUGUUCCCGUUCUCGCUGAGCUGUGGGCUGAACACGCGUGUGAGCCACGCUCUCGGUGCGGGGCAGCCAACGAGGGCGCAGUGGACGAGCGUGAUCGGGAUCAGCCUGGCGUUCGGGUACGCGAUCCUCGCCUGUGUGUUCACCAAUUUCUUGGGGGAAGCGUGGGGGAAGCUCUACACGCAGGAUCCGGACGUUGUGAAGCUGAUAUCGAUUGGGCUUCCGAUCGUGGGCCUGUGCGAGCUGGGGAACGCGCCUCAGACGGCUGCGUGCGGGGUUUUGAGUGGGACGGCCCGGCCCAAGGAAGGGGCCAGGAUCAACUUGUUUGCGUUUUAUUUGGUUGGGUUCCCGGUUGCCAUCUUGUUGACUUUCCAGUUGAAGAUGGGGUAUCGUGGGCUGUGGCUUGGGCUUUUCUCGGCCCAAGUCGCGUGUGUGUCCAUGAUGCUGUAUACCUUGUUGAAGACGGAUUGGAAACACCAGGCGAAGAGGGCGGAGGAGUUGACUGCUGCUGUGGGAGAAAGGGAUGAUUUGGAAGACGGCUUGAUCAACGACAGUAACGACGAGCGAUGAAGACCAUCUUGCUGUCUUGUCCCCCCAAUGGUUAUAACAUCUAAGUCUAACCCUAAACCAAAAAAAAUUAAAAAAAGAUACGUAAA